AGUGAUGAUGAUCCUUUUCCUGAGUUCCGGCAAAUUAAAAACAAGCUUCAAAUUCAAUUGCUUUGCUUUGCAUGCAAAUGGAUAUUGUUUAUACACCAUCUUUCAUAUCGCAUCGCUUCUCUUCUUCACGACACCAAUGCCCAUCACUUUCUUCUUCUUAUUCUCCUUUCAAGCUUUUCUGUUCCAACAGAGACUUCAAGGAAUCUCAACGAAACGACGAUAACAAUAACAAGGGUGAUAAAUCUUCAACAGACUGGGACAAGGCAUGGUCAAAAUUCAAAAAGCAAGGAGGAAAAAAACCCUUCUCCAAAUUUUCAGAUAAGUAUGUCAGCUGGAAUCCUAGGCGUUCAGAGUUCCCCCUUUCUGAGGAGGUUGACCCUAUCAAGAGAACAGAGAGAUCAAACCUCAGUUUCUGGAAUAGUCCAACUUUCACUUUAGGGGGUGCAAUUAUAAUUGUCACAUUUCUUCUGUUGUACACCAUUCUUGCACCAAUCAAGUGAUCUCUUUUAAAGCAAUAUAACUCAAACUGAAAUAUUGUUUCACAGAAAAUGUAAAUCCUUUACUAAUGUAAUUGAUGGCUUCUCCAUUUUCUUUUCUAGUUCUGUUGCUUCACCCACUUGAAACAAAUUUCUUUCUCGGAUUUGUCGUUGGCUUUUCAUAGCCAAUCAUAUUUACAUGUGGCCUUUACACAUGCUGAAUUGAGAUAUGAAUAUGGAACAAAUUGAUCA